AUGUCGGAGCGUGUGGCAUCCAACUCACCGCCAUCGGCGCCGCCCAGAAGCCCGUCGACUGGGAACACGAACGCAAGCCAGCUGUCUCUUUCCCCGUCGAAUGGCACCUCUGCCCAGAGCACCAUACACCACCCCCGCAGCAUGCUUGAUGUCGACGACCCCCCAAAUGUCGGACCUUGGAAUCCGAUGUCGUUCGACGAGCUUUAUGCGGGAUCACUUCCAGAUGUUCUAAAGUCUGAUUCGGACGAGUCGAAGAACACCGAUGGCGUCUCCAAGAGUGCCGAUGGCCAAGCGAAGGACAUGCCUCUCCCCGCUCAGGCCGCGCCCGUCCCGGACAACCGGAACAUCGUCCGCCGGAAGCUGACUGGUUAUGUCGGCUUUGCCAACCUGCCCAACCAGUGGCACCGCAAGAGUGUCCGCAAAGGCUUCAACUUCAACGUCAUGGUUGUCGGCGAGUCUGGCCUCGGAAAGUCGACGCUUGUCAACACGCUCUUCAACACCUCCCUGUACCCCCCCAAGGAGCGCAAGGGCCCGAGCCUUGACAUCAUUCCCAAGACGGUCACCAUCCAGUCCAUCAGCGCCGACAUUGAGGAGGCUGGCGUGCGCCUUCGCCUGACCGUUGUCGACACUCCCGGCUUCGGCGACUUUGUCAACAACGACGAGUCGUGGCGUCCCAUUGUGGACAACAUUGAGCAGCGCUUCGAUGCCUACCUCGAUGCCGAGAACAAGGUCAACCGGAUGAACAUUGUCGACAACAGGAUCCACGCCUGCGUCUUCUUCAUCCAGCCCACGGGCCACUCCCUCAAGCCCCUCGAUAUCGAGGUCAUGCGACGACUGCACACCAAGGUCAACCUUAUUCCCGUCAUCGCCAAGUCUGAUACUCUUACGGACGAGGAGAUCGCCAACUUCAAGGCCAGAAUCUUGUCCGACAUUAAGUAUCACGGCAUUCAGAUCUUCGAGGGUCCUCGAUAUGAGCUUGAUGACGAGGAGACGAUUGCGGAGAACAAUGAGAUCAUGUCCAAGGUCCCCUUCGCUGUCGUUGGUGCCACCAACGAGAUUAAGACGGCCGACGGGCGCCAGGUCCGCGGUCGCGAGUAUCCUUGGGGCAUCAUCGAGGUCGACAACGAGGAGCACUGCGACUUUGUCAAGCUCCGCCAGAUGCUCAUCCGCACCCACAUGGAAGAACUCAAGGAGCAUACCAACAAUCUGCUCUACGAGAACUACCGUACCGACAAGCUGAUCGCCAUGGGAGUCUCGCAAGACCCCAGCGUCUUCAAGGAGGUCAACCCUGCGGUCAAGCAAGAGGAGGAGCGCGCCUUGCACGAGCAGAAGCUCGCCAAGAUGGAGGCCGAGAUGAAGAUGGUCUUCCAGCAAAAGGUGGCCGAGAAGGAGAGCAAGCUCAAGCAGUCCGAAGAAGAACUCUACGCCCGACACCGGGAGAUGAAGGAGCAGCUCGACCGCCAGCGCAUGGAGCUGGAGGACAAGAAACAGCGCAUCGAGAGCGGGCGGCCGCUAGAGAAGGAAGGCAAGCGCAAGGGUUUCUCGUUGCGAUAA